AUGUCUUCUACUCCUCGAAACUCGCCCUCGACUUAUCAUGAUCCGCACUACACCCGGUGCCCGGAUUGUAAGAAGGUUCAUCAUCGCGCAGAUAGUGCUCAUCACAAUCUGGUGUGCCCGGUCAGGCGACGGAGACUAGGCGGUAUGGUACAGAGCAGUACUCAGACUAGAGUGUUUCCCCAUCGGAACAUUUUGCCAAUGAUACAAGUCCAGACGGACGUCAUCGUACAAGACUCAGCUAUCGCCCCUCAGAUCGAUUCAAAUCCAGCUCGAGUCACAACUAUCCGGCCUCAGCCCGUCGAGCCAAUCCAGCCGGACGUGGGGGACACCAACCAAGUUGAUGAUCGGCGCGGCGUCGGCAACCUUCCUUCGUCCACUCUCACUGUCACAAGCAAUCUGGCCUCCUCUACCGUCCGCCUCUCCGUUUCACAGAACUCUCGGACGCCGAUGACCGUAGUCCACUCUCACUCGGGGCACAGAACCCGGGCAGGCAUGCGAUCUGGUGCUGGAUCAAACAGCUUUCAGCGGCCGACCGAUACGGGUACCAAUGGGUCGUCAAGUGCUGAUCGUAUGGUUGGCACACGCCACAGUGAACAUCGCUCCUCUCACAUCGGGUCUAUACCCUCGGUGGAAUCUGGCGGCUAUGUCGCAUCGAACAGCUCCAACGCGAAUAUACGUGGCGUUGGUGUCGGCAAUGGCAACGCGGCCUUCCCUUCGAACGGCCAAUCCCGGAAUGGUCAGUGA